AUGAAAGACCUCCCAAACGAGAUUGUAUACCACAUCGUGGAUCUUGUCGACUGUCUCAAGACGCUAUGGAAGCUCCUCACGAUUUCCCAGCAAAUGAGCGCAUUUGCUAUUCCUUCUCUGUACAGAGAACUUACAUUUGACUCCCACUCCUUGACUAGUACAAGUUCCAGUUCGUCGCCUCAUAUCGAUGCGCUGGCGAAGCUCGCCCGAACCGCCAAGUCCAACAAAAACCUCCGAUUCACAAAGUCCUUCACCGUCUUCCGAUUCAUCUCCCCCCUGAUUGAGGACGAAAACGUAGACAAAAUACUGCCAUUCCUACCAAAUUUGCGCCAUCUGAGCAUCAGAAUACCCAUCAUAGAGCCGGAGACGCUGAGCCUUGUCCCACGGCACGCACAGCUCACACAUCUUGUCAUAGAGAAUACCGCCUACUCGCCAGAAUUAGAACAGCUCCUUAUGGAUCACCCGACGCUGAAGAUCAUCCAGAUGAGUGGGUUUUGGACUGCGGAUACUCCCCCGUUGUCGCCGACCGCACUUCCCAUGCUCCACUCUCUAUCAUGUUCACUCCGUGUCGCGUCGAAAUUAGGGAGGCCUUCCGUGAUUCAUCUUAAAAUUGACAAUUUCCCUAUGGACAAUCGCUCUACCCCCAUCCCAAACGAGCUUGUGCGUGAAGUAGCAGCCGUGCUCCCCUCUGUGCGCGUGGUGGACUUCACAACUCCAAUCCACUUCCCAUCCGCUGCUGCGCUGAUAUCCCUUCUCCCAAACGUAGUGUGCCUCAAACUUCGCGAGCGCUCCGUAAGCAUUCUGCCCUCAGUCUAUUGGCAGCAUCUCGCAACUUCGAGUCUGAAAGCUAUCAUCUUAGUCGUUCCAGCGGCAAGCACGCGUUCGAACGAAGUAGCUCAGAAGGCAUUUCGUGACAUUGAGAACUUGGAGUACCUAGCCGUGGAAGCAGGAAUAGGGUCGUCAAUGCGCUAUCGCCGGUCCCUGGGGGGUCCCAUUGUUCAAAUCAUCGACCAUGAUUGGCAGCCUUGGGAAAAGAUGAUGGCCAGUGGCAUAUUUUGA